AUGGUUCGUGAAUACGACAAAGUAAGUAAAGGUUUGGAAACUGUAAUAGUAUACAAAUUGCAAGAGAAGUAUACAUAUUACAAAAGAAGGGAAGUAUGGUUCGUGAAUACGACAAAGACUACACUGAAACACAGGACUACACUGAAACACAGGACAACACUCACACAGGACACUACACCGAAACACGGGACAACACUGACACAGGACAACACUGACACAGAGGAGUACACUGACACACAGGAUACUACUGAAACACAGGACAACACUGACACAGAGUACAACACUGACACACAGGAUACUACUGAAACACAGGACUACACUGACACAGAGGACAACACUGACACACAGGAUGCUACUGAAACACAGGACUACACUGACACACAGGACACUACUGACACACAGGACUACACUGACACAGAGGACUACACUGACACACAGGACUACACUGACACACAGGAUACUACUGAAACACAGGACAACACUGACACAGAGGACUACACUGACACACAGGAUACUACUGACACUAGGGAUACGAUUGAAACAAAGAACUACACUGACACACAGACCACUUCUGUAGCACAGGACUACACUGACACACAAGACACAACUGACAUUACUGAAACACAGAACACUACUGAAACACAGGACUACACUGAAACACAGGACUACACUGAAACACAGGACUACACUGAAACACAGGACUACAUUGAAACACAGGACUACACUGAAACACAGGACUACACUGAAACAACACUGAAACACAGGACAACACUGAAACACAGGACACUACUGAAACACAGUACUACACUGACACGCAUGACAGUACUUAAACACAUGGCAUUACUUAAACACUAA